AUGGGCGAUUCUUCUAUGAGCAUGCCGGAUCCCAGGACCAUGUCGGCGCGUGUAGAGAAGCCCUGGCCCCUGGAUUACAGACUGGAACCAUCAGCACACCAUUCGCGUCGGCAACCCUCCGGCGGAAAUGGCCAACACAAUUCUUGGGCCCAUGCUGAAGGAGCAGGUCGAGCCCAAAUCCAGUCCGCAGCGCCAUUUUGGUGGCGUCCACUUGCGAAACCGAGCAUUGGCGGGUUCUUGUCCAUGAAUGCAGCCAGGGAUGUCGCGGCCAUCGUGAGCAAACUCCCUGCGCGUUUACACCAGGACAGCACCACUUGCGUUCCCUUCCCCCAUCCUCUGUCCACAGGCACAGCUCGAAAAUUGUGCGUUCUGCCAUUUUUACCGCGCUUGGGGACCCUCCGAGAUCCCCAUUUUAUCAACUUGGUUGGCGGUGAAUCGCAUUGCGACGAAGAGCAUCGUGGGUCGCUCGGCCUGCUCAUCAGGUCAGAGCUCUUGAGGGCGUCACUGUCAUAA